AUCGUUCCUUGCUCGGCUAUCUUAAUUCGACGAGCUUCUUGUCUGUUUCUGUGUGAGGAUGAACACCGGCGGUACGUUCCAAAACUCUCUUUUAGAAUGAACGAUGAUGUUGAGCGAGUUGAAAUAUGUGAGGACACCGUAAAUCCCGGUCAGCCGAAAGUCCGCCCCCAGGACUUUAAUCUACUUAAAGUUCUCGGAAAAGGUGGCUACGGAAAGGUUUUUCUUGCUCGAAAAAACACAGGUGUCGAUACGGGGCAGAUCUUCGCUAUGAAGGUUCUAAAGAAAGCCUCUAUUGUGAGAAGUGCAAAAGACACAGCGCAUACUAAGACCGAAAGGAACAUUUUGGAAAUGAUCAAGCACCCGUUUUUAGUGCAGCUGCAUUAUGCCUUCCAAACGCCGGGUAAAUUAUAUCUUGUUCUAGAAUUUCUGGCUGGUGGGGAACUUUUUACACAGUUAGAAAAAGAAGGUGUAUUCAUGGAAGAUCAAGCAAUCUUUUACUUGUCGGAAAUUAUCUUGGCGAUCGGACAUCUUCACAAAAUGGGGAUAGUAUACAGAGAUCUGAAGCCGGAAAACAUUCUUCUUGAUACGGAGGGGCACGUCAAACUAACUGAUUUUGGCCUUUCAAAGGAGCGAGUGGACAGGGACCUUACUCACACAUUUUGUGGUACAAUUGAAUACAUGGCUCCUGAAAUCCUACUUCGACAAGGCCACGGCAAGGCAGUAGACUGGUGGAGCCUAGGAACGCUCAUGUAUGACAUGCUCUCAGGAGGGGUUAGUCUCACUUUAAUUUGUCUAUGCUUUUGGUGCACUUAUGACAUUGUUCUUCGUGGCAGGUUUACCCUCGCUCCGUACCUCACUAGGGAAGCCAAAGAUCUUCUCAAAGGCCUAUUGAAAAAGUCGGUGAGUGAAAGGCUGGGCUCGGGGCCCACGGACGCUGAAGAGAUUAAGCGGCAUCCUUUCUUCCAAGCGGUCAACUGGGACCAGGUGUACGCGCGCCAACUAGAACCGCCUUUCAAGCCGAGUCUUACGUCGGAGACGGAUGUAUCGCGUUUCGAUCCGCAGUUCACCAACGAGAACCCAGUUGAGUCGCCCGAUGACGGAGUUCCAAUCUCGGCCUCUGAAUGCGACGUCUUCGACGGCUUCACGUACGUCGAUCCAAAGGUCCACAUAUCAAUGGUUCGGGAUCCCUGGGCAUUUGAUGGCUCCUCAAACAUCCGGAGACGCAGCAGUGGUGGUCCUGGUCAACCCUUCGUUUUCGCCGAGGAUUUUGAGGAUAUGGAACUUGGUUCGGGUCAUGGUGAUCAGGUCGUAUCUCCUACCUCCGCUUUCCCCACCCAACCCUUCCCCGUCCCGCAAAAUAGGCUCUCACGAGACUUCUUUGCGUCGUCUAGACCAAGGAAUCCCCCCACCCCUCGGCAACCCAUCCCUCAUCCACCAUUUGCAGCUUCCACGUACCACCGUCAUUGA